GUCGAGUUUCGAUUGAAAGUAUUUUAAUCAGUCUAUGUAUACAAUUAAGAGGGUUUAAAGUUGUUAUCUUAAGUUCCUAGAGUUAUAUCUGUUAUUUUUCAAUCUUGAGGUUUACUUUAAUAUCUUGAAUUAUAAAAAAAAAAGCUAACAAAAUUUGGUAAACAUUACUUUUUUUUAAAUGACAGACAGUUCAGCUCCUCUACCGGGCCCUCAGUCUGGUAGUGGAUUACCUGCUGGUUCACCCAAUGCCCAGUCACAGGCUAGUACCGCAGUAGCUCCAACAGACUAUGAGACGGGUGUUUCCAAUGGUGAUGUUGAUUGGUUAUUUAGAGGGAAAUCAAAGAAACUUACCAAGAAAAUGAACAAUCCAUCAGCUGAGAAGGAAAAGAAACCAAGUAUUGAUAAUAUUGAUACUACUAUUGAAUCUAAGGAUACUUCCCAUACUACUACCCUGAAAGGUUCAACCGAUUCCCUGUCCGAGGAAAAAUCCCUGGUAAAAUCACCUGUUGUUUCACUGCCUACUUCUUCCACGCCGCCAAAGGUGAAACAUACAACACAACCAGAUCAAUCUACUACUACUAGAGUACCUUCUACAACUCCAAAUGAGGUCAAGGAGCAAGAAAAGCCUUCAAAACUUGAAAUGUUUAGAAUUGGAAGAUCUCGUUCUUCGUCAACAAAUUCACAAUUACAACAUGAAGCUGAUUCCAUGGUUUCUCCUUCAACUACGUCUCUGCUGAAUAAUCUUCCCAAGAGAAGAAGCAGUUUAGGUGGGUUUAUACCGACGUCAAGUCCACCACAAAAUCUGUCGAGUAUAUCUCCAAAGGCGUCGAAACAAAAUGGUUCUAAUCAUACCAAUAACCUGGCAACAUCGGAUUCAUCUCCAAAUGUAUCGAGAUCUAAUUCAACGGGGAGUACUGGUGGUAAAACAAGAUCUUUGUUUAGUUCAAUCUCAUCUAAAUUUAAGUCGUCAUCUUCUACGUCAUCGGCUAACCCAAGUGCUGCACCUUCUCCUAAAUCUUCGUCCUCUUCUGUUAUGGCAGAUUUACCAUCAAACCCUUUUAACUCCAUUGGCGCUUCUACUCCUAAUGUGCCCAAAAUUCAACCGAAUUUAUUGGGAGUAUCUGGACAUCAUACUGCUACCGGUAAUCAAGAUUUAGCUGCAUUGGUCAAUAAACCACCUAAUGGAAUUCCAAGAAGACGUAGUUCAUCAGCCCUGAAACAUGCUCAAGCUAUACAUGAUAAGAAAUUGUUGGCAUCUACAAAAGGAUCUGAACAGUCAAAUUCAACCCCAGAUCGGGUGAUUUUAAAUAGAAAUCCAAGAAGAGAAGGCAAAAUUCCUAUUGAUGAAUUGGGUGGAAUUUCAAUGAGAAGAGUCACAUUUGCUAUCGAUAGAUUAGCGUAUGAUCCUCAACAACAAAUUCCAUCUAGAAGACCUAAGAAGGGUAACGUUUUGAUUCCAGAAGAUUUAACUGCUCCUCCUCCAAGAUUAUCCCAAGGUAUAUCAUUAAGUGAUGGAAAAAGUCCAAUGCAAGUGGUUGAAAAUAAGUAUUCUGAAAAUGAAUUGAAACUGGCAAUUGAAGCUCAGAAGAAUGCCUUAUUAGAAGCUGAAAAGCAUGCUCAAGAAGCACAUAUGACUGCAAAAAGAAUUGCUCAUGAAGUUUCUAAUUAUCGUUGUAAAGCAAGUGGAGCAAAAGUUUCAGAACAAACUCCACUUCAAAGGCAAGAAGAAGAAGCUGCAGAAGAAGCUGCAGAAGAGACAUCUGAUCGUUUACAUAAUGUGGGUAACAUUGAAAUUGAUAAACCAUUACAUCUUCAUGAAAAUUAUUUCGAAGAACUGGCUGCUCCAUCGAAUAAUGGAGAAGUUUAUGCAGAUGACUUGGAUAUUGUUGAACAUUUAUCAUUGGAAACUAUUUAUUCAAGAUGUUGUCAUUUAAGAGAAAUUCUUCCAAUUCCUGCAACUUUGAAACAAUUGAAAAAUAAAUCCAAACCUUUACAAGUUUUAAAGUUAUUGAAUCCAAAACCAACAUUAAUUGAUGUAUUAUCAUUUUCAGAUUUCAUUGCAAUUACUCCUGUCAAUACAAUUAUUUUUGAUAAUGUGACAAUGACUACAGAAAUGUUGAAGCAUUUUUUGUCGUCUCUUGUUCGUAAUAAAUCAUUGGAAAAAUUAUCCUUAAGAAACGUUGCCAUUGAUGAAUUAGGUUGGAAAUUCUUAUGUAAAUUCCUUUCCCGAAAUCAAACAAUUAAGAAAUUGGAUAUAUCACAACAAAGAAUUAAAUCUGAUACUCCUCCAAAUAUGAUUAGAUCUGCAAUGAAUUGGUCAUUAUUGAUCAGAUCUCUUGUAUUGAGAGGUGGUAUUGAAGAAUUAGUCAUAAAUGGAUGUAAAUUAUCUGAUUCUAUGUUUGCUGAAUUAAUUGAAAAAACUGUCAAAGUUUCUACUUACAGACUUGGAAUUGCAGCAAUUGAAUUGAAUGUAUUCAAGGCAAAGAUUGUUGCAGACUGGAUUACUAGUCCUGACUCUAAAUGUGUCGGAGUUGAUAUUGCUUUCAAUAACUUGGGAUCUGGUCAAUUAAAGCCAUUCAUCGAUGCAUUCAACAAGGGUAAUCUGAAUUUACUCUUUUUCUCAUUGAAUUCAACAAAAUUAAAUGACAUUGAAGAAGCAAGUGAAUUACUUAAGUCUUUGUCAAAGGUUAGUUCAUUAAAGUUCCUUGAUUUAAGUUCCUUGCCAGAUCUAUUCCCAGGAAUUAUAUCGAGAUUGAAUAAAUUUUUACCAACUUUCCCAAAUUUGAGAAGAAUUCAUUUUGAUUUAAAUGAUUUAACUCCUCAAGCUAUUGGUGCUAUUGCUGACAUCUUACCAAAGAUUGAUAGUUUGAUUCAUGUCUCCUUUUUGGGUAAUCGUCAACUUAAUCGUGGUUCUGCUGGUACUCUUUAUACUGCAGUUAAAAUGUCAAAAUCUUUAUUUACAUUGGAUUUAGACUAUGAUUUGGUACCUGAUGAACUUUCACAAAGAAUCGCUUUCUAUUUGAUGAGAAAUAUGGAUAGAACAAUGAAUCAAGAUGUCUCUAUGGCUCAUAAUGAUGAUGAAGAAGAAUUGAUGUUCGAUGGUUCGUUAUUGAUGGAAACAGCCGAAAAGCUAUUAGCAGCUGAUGAUAAGAAGUCCGAUAAGAAGGAGGACUUGAAAAUUCAAAGACUUAUUACAAACGCAUUGAUCAAAAGAACUAGAGCUGUUAGAAAGGAUAUUCAUCAAUCUAUUGACACUCUUUUCGUUAAGAGAACUCAGGGUACAUUAUCAUUAGAAGGUAAGGAAACUCUCUUGAGAUUUUGUUUGCUUGAUUCUUCUUUAGAAAAGGUUGUACAAAUGUUUGAAGAACAAGCAAAAUCUUACACAAAGGAGAAUAUUGGUAACGGUGAUGGUAAGUUAUCACCUUCGCCAUCUUAUGAUCAAACUCAAGAAUCUAUCAAUGUUUCAACUUCCGUAGAUACAAUGUCUAGAAAGAAUAACCCUGGGUUUUUAAAUUUGAAUCAACUUCAUGACACACUUCAUGAGAGUUCCAAUGAAUUAAUCACUGCCGGACCCAUCUUAUCACCUCGUAAUACUACUGAAACUAACAAUGGAUACUUCACUGAUCAUUUGUUUCAACCUCAUCAAGUGGUUGUUGAUUCAUCUUCCGAUGGUAAGGAUGUUCCAAUUGAUAACAUGACAGGUAGACCCGUCUUGAUUAGAUCAAUCUCGCAGACAUCUGUCCAUGCGAAGGAACAAGAACAAGAAGAAGGUGAAUUCCAUAGGUGGGGUUACUUUAUUCAACAAAGAAACAAUAAUGAUGAUGAGAAAGAUAGCAAGACUAAAGUGAGGGACAUGCCAACUCUUAAUGUACUUCCAUCAGGAUCUGAACUUCGUGAUGCAAUUAUCACUGCCAAAGGUAUUGAAUCGGUAACUGACUUGAUUGAUAAUAUCAACAAUAAUCGAGUAAGUAUUGAGAAGAUUUAUAAUCUUCCAAAUAAGGAAGAUGGAAAUGAAACCCAAAGUUCUGACUCUAAGGAUGUUAACCCUGGAAAGAUAUCUUCCCAGAGUCAACAGAGUCUGGCUAUUCAAAGUCCUUUGCAUGAGAUCCACGACGCAUCUUCCAUUGAUUCUCUAGAAUUACAUGAUGCUGAAGAUGACCAUGAUAAAGUCAAUGCUGUUGUUGAUGAAGUAUAUGAGAAGCUUUUGAAUGAUGCCCAAAGAGUUAGAUCAAAUAGACAAGAUUGAGUAGGAAAAGGAUCACUUAAUGAUAUAUAUAUAAAGAAAAUCUCUGAUGAGGUUUUUAAAGACAGGUUAUAAUUUUUUUUUAAUUAUACAGAAGAAGCGUAUUACAGUGAAAUUAAAAGUAAGUUAGUCUAAAAUGUAAAAUCAAUCAAAUAUGUUUCAGUAUU